AUGGCACCCUACGCCACUGCGGCCCCGGCCUCAGUGUGGUCGUCCCCGAACGAGCAUCGCAGCACUCUCGUGGGCAAGCGGAAAGCCGAAGAUGAAUUCGACGCCCAGUCGAACAUAUCGUCGCAAUUCAAGAAACUCCGCUUGAAUCAUGCGGUGCCGCAACCACAGCCCUCGCCAUCAGGCGUCACGUACAGACCUCUCGUUGCGGACACAGAUAUACGGCCUGCACCUCCGUCAUUCGAGAACCAUGACUACGACACAACUCCCUCUUACGAACCUCCAACACUACCCGACUCGGAGUUUAUGACCGUGGACGAUACUCCGCACCGGGUCAUUAUCAAUGAUCUGGAUGCUGAGAUUGCACGAAUCGAAGCCGACGAAGCAGCGGCCGCGUCUACCGUCUUCCUUCCUGACGUCGACAAGAAGGUCUCUUCCAUUCCUCAGAAGCUGUUGCAGAACCGUCAAGCAGCGUCAACACCGGAGAGUACGAACACUGCUUUAGUUCUAUACCGGGAUCCCGCCAGCAUCAGUAUACCCGAAGAAGGAGACGCGGUGAGACUGGCCAUCAUUGCAGCGCGUGCGCGAGCCAGGGAGAAGCAAGCAGAAGAGCAAAGAGAGCGAGAAAGACAGGAAGCAGUGCAACAAGGUAGUCAUGACCAUGACCUUGAGCUAGAUGAUGCUGCGACGGAUCACUCGUCGCACCGAGAUGAAGACUUUGAUAUGAUGGAGAUCGAAUGA